GAAGUGAACGACAAGGAACAGGAAACCCACGAAGAAGUGAACGAAAGGGAACAGGAAACCCACGAAAAAGAGAACGAGAAGGAACAGGAUAGCCAAACUUCGAGUCGCAGUUCCAGGAGCAACAGUCCAGAAGAGGACGCGGUCCCCGCACAGCAGGCUUCAGUACCGUCACCCAGACCAUCAAGCGGGAUGUCUGUGGUUGGCAUUGACCUCGGCUUUCUCAACUGCUACAUCGCUGUAGCGAGGAGUGGCGGCAUCGAAACCAUCGCCAAUGAGUACAGCGACAGGUGUACCCCGGCCUGUAUAUCUUUGGGAUCGAGAACGCGAGCCAUUGGAAAUGCAGCUAAGAGCCAGAUAGUCACAAAUGUAAGAAAUACGAUUCAUGGUUUCAAAAAGCUUCAUGGGCGAUCAUUUGAUGAUCCUAUUGUGCAAACUGAAAGGAUCAGGCUUCCCUAUGAGCUGCAGAAGAUGCCUAAUGGAAGUGCAGGAGUUAAGGUGCGAUACCUAGAAGAAGAGAGACCUUUUGCAAUUGAGCAAGUUACUGGAAUGCUGUUGGCCAAGCUUAAGGAAACUUCAGAAAAUGCUUUGAAGAAACCAGUGGCUGACUGUGUGAUUUCAAUUCCUAGCUUUUUCACUGAUGCUGAGAGAAGAUCUGUGAUGGCUGCAGCCCAGGUUGCGGGUUUAAAUUGUUUAAGGUUGAUGAAUGAAACCACUGCAGUUGCACUAGCAUAUGGAAUUUACAAACAGGAUCUUCCCCCGUUAGAUGAGAAACCAAGAAAUGUAGUAUUUAUUGAUAUGGGCCAUUCUGCCUACCAGGUCUCGGUUUGUGCUUUUAACAAAGGAAAACUUAAAGUCUUGGCUACUACAUUUGAUCCAUAUUUGGGUGGCAGGAACUUUGAUGAGGCUUUGGUAGACUACUUCUGUGAUGAGUUCAGGACCAAAUAUAAGAUAAAUGUGAAAGAAAACUCUCGGGCCUUGUUGCGUUUAUAUCAGGAAUGUGAAAAACUAAAGAAGCUAAUGAGUGCAAAUGCAUCAGAUCUUCCACUGAACAUUGAAUGUUUCAUGAAUGACCUUGAUGUUUCUAGUAAAAUGAACAGGGCUCAAUUUGAACAAUUAUGUGCUUCCCUCUUCGCCAGGGUUGAACCACCAUUAAAAGCAGUAAUGGAACAAGCUAACUUACAACGUGAAGAUGUAAGUAGCAUAGAAAUUGUAGGGGGAGCAACACGAAUUCCUGCAGUGAAGGAACAAAUCACUAAAUUCUUUCUUAAAGACAUAAGUACCACAUUAAAUGCCGAUGAAGCUGUUGCAAGGGGAUGUGCAUUACAGUGUGCGAUUCUCUCACCAGCAUUUAAAGUGCGUGAAUUUUCCAUAACAGACGUUGUUCCCUAUUCAAUCACACUAAGAUGGAAGACCUCUUUUGAAGAUGGAAAUGGGGAAUGUGAAGUAUUCUGUAAGAAUCAUCCUGCCCCAUUCUCAAAAGUCAUUACUUUCCAUAAGAAGGAACCAUUUGAACUAGAUGCAUUUUAUACUGACUUACAUGAAGUGCCUUAUCCUGAUCCAAGAAUUGGGAGCUUCACUAUUCAGAAUGUUUUCCCACAGUCUGAUGGUGACAGUUCCAAAGUGAAGGUUAAAGUUCGUAUUAACAUCCAUGGAAUCUUCAGUGUGGCUAGUGCAUCAGUAAUUGAGAAGCAGAAUAUUGAAGGGGAUCCCAGUGAUGUUCCUAUGGAGACAGAAACUUCUCUUAAGAAUGAAAGCAAAGAUGAUGUGGAUAAAAUGCAGGUUGACCAAGAAGAAGGAGGUCAUCAAAAAUGUCAUGCUGAACACACUCCAGAAGAAGAAAUUGAUCAUACAGGAACCAAAACAAAGCCUACUCCCUCAGAUAAACAAGAGAGAUUAAACCAGACCAGUAAAAAAGGAAAAGUCAAGAGUAUUGAUCUACCUAUCCAGAGUAGCCUGUGUAGACAACUGGGCCAAGAUCUUCUCAACAGCUACAUUGAAAAUGAGGGGAAGAUGAUAAUGCAGGAUAAGUUAGAGAAAGAAAGAAAUGAUGCAAAGAAUGCUGUUGAAGAAUAUGUAUAUGAUUUUAGAGACAAGCUUGGCACUGUCUAUGAAAAAUUCAUCACUCAAGAAGACUUGAAUAAACUGUCUGCAAUAUUGGAAGACACAGAAAAUUGGCUUUAUGAAGAAGGAGAGGACCAACCUAAACAAAUUUAUGUGGAUAAGCUUCAAGAACUAAAGAAAUAUGGGCAGCCUAUUCAAAUGAGGUACAUGGAACAUGAAGAGAGACCAAAAGCUUUAAACGACUUGGGGAAAAAAAUCCAACUUGUCAUGAAAGUGAUAGAAGCUUACAGAAACAAGGAUGAAAGAUACGAUCAUUUGGAUCCUGGUGAAAUGGAAAAAGUAGAAAAAUAUAUCAGUGAAGCCAUGAGUUGGCUGAAUAGUAAGAUGAAUGCACAGAACAAACUAAGUCUCACUCAAGAUCCUGUGGUGAAAGUUUCAGAAAUAGUUGCAAAGUCUAAGGAACUGGAUAGUUUCUGUAACCCAAUCAUUUACAAGCCUAAACCGAAAGUAGAGGUUGCUGAAGACAAAGCAAAAGCUAAUAGUGAACACAACGGACCAAUGGAUGGACAGAGUGGGACUGAAACUAAACCAGAUACAACAAAAGACAACUCACAGCAUACUAAAUCUUCUGGAGAGAUGGAAGUAGACUAAGUCUUAAUUUUACCAUCACAUAAUUCAAACAGUGCAAGUAACCACAGGGGCCAUCCUUCUUUUACAUCUGGUACACACAACAGAUGUUUAGUUCUUCUUAACCACUUUUUGUCAUUUGUUUUUUGGAGUAGUUUUGAAAAGUGUUUUAUAUUGAGUGCACCUCUGUUCAUUUCCAUUGCUGCUUAUGUGAAGCUUUAGCUGAAUAUAGACUUACAAGUCAGUUUAAGCUAUCCUAAUGUAUUUUAUACCAAACAUGCAAGAUUGAGAAGUAGUUGGCAACAAUCUACCUUAUUUAAAGCUUCUACUUGGAUAAACCUCAGCUCCUUUAUUCAGGAAAGGAUAUUGUAUUGCACUGUUGUUGCAGAAGCAUAGAUUUAAUUGCAUCAUUAUUUUGAAAAACAAAUACUGAAAUUGAUGUGGUUUAAAGCCACUGAGGCACUGACCUUUUUCUAGUUACUGUACUGUUAUAAUUUAAAUAUUAAAAUAAGAGGUUCCCCGACAAAUUAGUCCAUCUCAUUGUUGUGCCAUGAGAACUCCAAAACUUUGUGAUAUAAAUAAACUACAUCACACAUUGAAAGGGAAAAUACACUAUUUUAUGUUAGAGUGGCACCAGCAGUUUGCUUUUUUUUUACUAGUCAUGUGGAUUGAUGUUUCUCAAAGAAAUUUGGUGUCUUUUGCACUUGAAACUUCUCAUCUACUUGUCCUGAAGAACACCUGCUGCUAAAGUAUUGCUAGCCUAAAGAUGAUGAACCAUUUUUGAUGAAAAUACUUUACCUUAAGGGGGAGAUGCUGUUGACCUACUCAGACAUGAAUCUGUGAUGUUGAUAGCCUUGUUUCAGUUUUAAUAGUUCUUUUAGUUUUCUUAACUGAUUUCAUUAAUAUGUUAACGCAGGGUAGGGAGAAAUGGCACAAUGUGUAUUGCAUUAUAUACAUUUAUCACUGAUUUGCUUAAUGUCAGAAUAUAAACACUAUUAAAUAAGUGAUAAUACUUGAAAAGAGGCACUUAUACGGUUAAGUCUUAGGAAAUAAUGCUUGUAAUAAACUUAACUAUGUUACAUAUCAACAGACAAAAUAUAGAAUGUUACAUAGUCUGAUAUGAUAUGAUUAAAUUGUAGUUCCUGCUGUUACAUUACUUGUUCAGACCUUGGCUCCAGUUUUGGUGCUUCAUAUACAAAUUAUAUGGGACAAAGGACUGUAAAAUUAAGAUAUUUUAAAGACUUAGUCUGUGCUUCAUCACCAGAUUUGUUGACAUUGUUCAGUUCUGUCCAGAAGCUUGAAACUAAAAGUAUGGGAGCAGGCAGAAAUAACUUUUCAACCUACAAGAAAAAGAAGCAUAGACAGUGCAUGGGCACUUGCAUUCUUAAACGCCACUCAACCAACCAGAUUGACCUAGGUUAAAAUUUUGAAACGCUCACUCUUUCCCAAAGCCACAUAUUUAUAUUUAGAAGAUUAUAUUAAUACUGACUUUUCUUAAGUAGUAAAAAUUGAGAGUUUAGUAUCUUUAGGGAUAGUCUUUAUUUCUCACUAAGUCUGUGAGAGAUUUUGUUUCUACAAUGUAGUCUGCACUGAAAGGAAAGUAUGGAGCAGUGCAUUUUGCAGGAUUUUUAUCCAUCCUUUUUGAGGGAAGAGAUGUCCCUUUUCUGCAUUAAAAAAAUACAUAGACCCAGUAUAUUUUUAAUGUCUUCCAGCCUUUAACUAUCUUUUUGUAAUACUCUUAAAGUGAAAUAAUUAUAUCCAUUUUUAAAGCAUGUAUUGGUUACUUUUCAUUUGUAUGUUGAAUAUAUAGGUUCACUUCAGUAAGAGCAUCAAAGUUACGAAAGGGAAUAUAUUAACAGUCAGUACACAUAGGAGUUUAUAGCUUUUUUUGAGUUAAAAUCUCAACCCACUUUGUUAGGAGCCAUACCUCCAAAACUAAUUGGGCAUAAAUGUGGCAACAACUCUUUUUGCAUCUGAAUUGUCUAGUAAAUCCUGACAUUUUCAGUUCCUUAAGCCAGUUUAUGCAGUUCAGUGUUUUGGUCAAAAAUGUAACAUUCCAGUUCCUACAGUUAUGUAACACUUCAUUUAAUAAGUUAGAUACAUCCAAAGAUAAUGUGUAUACUUUUCCUGCCCAUUUAUUUAACUUAAAUUUUCAAAAGCUCUUAACAUACUUAAUGAAUAUAUUAAUAAAAAAGAAAAUGUUCUCCUUAAUACAGUCUUAGGUAGAAGGUAGGGUUCAGUUUAUUUUUAAUCUGCAUGAAAUACGCAGUGCUAGACAAAAAAAUUAAAGGUUUUUUUCAAAAUAAAAAGCUGUAAUUUUAGAAGUUAAGAAAUACACAGAAAAACAGGAUGUUUUCCUGUAGUAAACAAAUAAGAACUAACUAGGCAAUACCUAGGAUGAUUAAUAAAUAUAGAGUAAUACACUUCGACUCUAUGGAAAAGUAUAAAUUACUUGGUUUCAGGAAUCAAUGCCUGAUAGCCAAUUAUACUGUGACUUUAAAAACAAAGAUUGCUAAAUAAUAUAACAAAAGAAAGUUUUUGAUGUUUUAAUUCCUUAGCAAUGUACAGAAUUCUUAAGUUUUAAAACAACUAGAAACAGUACACCAGAGAAUUGGGCUACUGGAAUAACCAUCUCAAUUUCAAAAAGGUAAUUAAAUUAGACUUAUUAAGAAGAAAUAGAUUUCUCAAGACUCUUUGGGGGUCAACUUUUAGUAUGUCCAUGAUUAUAUUUCUUAGCUAGAAAUCUGUUUAAAGUGAAUUUGGGGGAUUAAUUAUCAGUAUAAAAUGAUAAUGUUAAAACAUUUUAUCCAAAUUAGCAAAAAUUACCCAUAUUGACAGACAGCAACCAUUUGAAUACAGUGCUCAAUUGACCCAAAAUAAAUAUAACCAUCCCUCCAUUUUCAUAAAUUUGAAUUGUAAUAGUAAGCCUGCAAACAGUCCCAUUAGGAAUUUGUUUCGUUCUUAAGAGCUGGUAUUUGGUAGUCCACAAAAAUUAAAGCCUUGGCAUUAAUUCUGCAUAUCAUGGGUUUAGAAGAAACAGAAAAGUAUAACUUCAUCUUUCUUACCUUUUAGAAUUUUACAACAAAAAACUUCAAUUCUAGGAGAAUGGAUGUUUGGGUAAGCAAAAAAAAAACAAAAACAAAAAAAACCCAACACCUUCAAUCCUAAAGUAAAUGUUAUUUUGUGGUUAGACUUUGGACCUUUGAGUUUUAAGUGGAAUUUGGUUCUGUGAUAUUUAAUUCCGUAAAACUUAAUGAGAAACACAUCUUACUGCAUUGAUAUAUCAGUAUUUAAAAUCUGAUGGCAUUGACUAAAGUUAGCCACUGUUGACUUUUUAGAUGACCUAGGGGUAGGGAUGCUUAUAACGUCUGAUACUAAUGUUGUAUUAUCCUCUUACACAGUGUUUUAUAACCAUCAGUAAUUAUCUUUCUUUUUGUCAAGGUUUAAUUUAGUCCAAAGUAAUUCCCAGGAAGCACGUUAUUUUUUUCUUUUGAUAAAAAGUACUAAAAUUGAAUGCAGAUCAAGACCAAGUCUUUAACUAAAACAAGUAAACAAAAUGAAAACUUUAUUUUACUUUCACAUCUCAAUUUUCAAUGAAUCAAAAAUAAUAUCCUUCCAUACACUCAUGUUUCCUAACCAAACAGCUCUGUGUUUAUAAUAUAGCCAGGUAUCUUUCUUGCUAAAUCCAAGGGUAAAUGUUUCAUACAAUAACAUGGCAUCUGGAAUCUUUAGACUGUUAACAAACUGCUUAGAAGAAAAGAAAAAAACUUACAUGUCUGUGGCCAGUUCCUGUAGGUGGUCAUGGCUCUUUCACCUUCUGGAUCCCUAAGAGUACCUCUAGCAUAUUGUUAGAGUAAUCGUUUUUUUUUAAAAGCAUAUCUUUUAAAAUACAUUAUUAAAUAACUUGGAGCCUUCAAGUCAAAGAAACAAAACUAAUAAUUGAAUCAUGAACAUAUGAUUCAGUCUGUCAAGCAGGUAAAAGUCCGUAACAAGAAAUAUUUAAUAGUAUGAUCUUUGCUUUGGAAUCUCUAAUUUACUAUCAUGUCCUAAGUCACAGGAUGAAUAUUAGGGAAAUGUAUCGAUACCUAAAAAUUACCCAUUCUGUAAAGAGAUUAGUCAACUUCAACAUGUUUUAGUUUAAUUGCAUUAUAAUACAUGAACUAUAAAUGGAAAUGGUCUUAGUCUUUCCUGUUAUCUUGUUUCAUUUUUCUUAUUUACUACUAGACUCUUAAAUAAUCAUUAUAUUUUUCUCAUAUUUUGCUUUUUUAUUUGGAUUAUUCUUUAGGUCUUUUAUUUCACGGAUUUAAAAAAAAUAGUUCCACUGCUUUAUUACCCGUCUUCUUUUUACUUUAAACCAAAUCUUACUGUUAAGAAUUUUUUGACUCUUAAAUUCAUACCCGAAAAGUCAUGUCAUAAGUUUCCAUAUGUAAUAUGUCUAAACUUUAAUAGUGACUUAACAGACUUUUCAUAUCCUGGCCUUUGAAUAAGUUUUGGAUCAAAAGAGGUCAAUUUUGUUAAUAUUGUGUAGUCAGUAACCAUGUUCCUCAUUUUUAAUCCAAAUAUGAAUGUGACAAGGGUCAGAAUUGAAAAUAGGUGUUAAAGAUUAGACAGACACCUUCAGUUUUUUGCUGCCUUCUUAUUACAUGUGUGUUGGGGUUUUUUUGUGUUUUUUAGAAUUUCUUGAAUUUUUUGCUUCCAGACAUUGAGUUAAAUUAAAUGCUUUUGAAAUCAUAUGGGCCCACCCAGAAUGUAGAUGUAAAAAUGUAAUUAGAAAUUGAGAUCUAGGUUAAGGAAGCUUUAAAGUGUUGUAGGUUUUUUAUCCCCUGAAAUAAUAUUUCUAUGGCUUAGUGUCUUGGAAAGAGACUCACAUUAAAAGUAAAAAAUUUUAUAUUUGGUAGGAUGAAGCCACUGUUUAAUAUCACAGUAUAUAGAAGCAGUUUUUUAAAAUGAAGUUACGAAUUGUUUAGUACUAAUAUGACAUCCGUCAUUUUUUUCUCCAAUCAUUAAAAUAAUUUAUAUACAGUGACUUCAACUCCAGUCUUAGUGCAAAUUACUUUCUGCCAGUUUUAUUAAUUCCUACCAGUUAAACUGUUUUAAGGAAACUACUACAUUUGAUUUCUUAAUUUCCUAGUUUGUUUUCAGCACAAAGGGUGACCAGUGCAAUGCAGAAAGUAGUAAGCCUGAUGUGCCUAUAAAAAUAAUUAACUGAAUUUUGCAUGUAACAGACCCUUAGUUUCAAUGAGCAGAUGUGAGAAUGGGUUGUGAUGUUAAGCUGAUAAUGUUCUAGGAUCUACAGUUCUGGUUCAUGAACAUAUCCAUAAAAUGUUUACAUAUGGCAGAAUCGAAGUAUAUAAAACAUUUUCUAUGUAUGUAAAAUGGCAUCUUCAUACUAGUUAACAAUUAGCAACUGAUAAAUGCAUUUCACUUUUGGAUAGCAAGUGCACACUGUCAAGAAGUUACGUAAUUAUAAUAAAUAUGUAUCUACUACUUGAA